AUGAGCCGAAGGAGGGUCUCGGUGAAAGACCUGGGGCAGGUGGAUUGUCAGGGGUGGCUGCACAAAAAGAAGGAUGGCAGGGGAUUCCUGGGAAACAGGUGGAAGAAGUACUGGUUUGUACUGAAGAGGUCCUCGCUCUACUGGUAUUCUUGCCAAACUGCAGAGAAAGCGAUUGGCUAUAUAAACCUGCAGGAUUUCACUGUGGAGCAGGCAAAGGAGAGCAGGAGGAAAUAUGCUCUAAGAGCGAGCCACCUGCAGCUUGUCACACUGCUUUUUGCAGCUGAGAACGUCAAAGAGAUGAACAAUGUGAGUCAACAGGGAUCUCCCCCGCCUCCUCGUUCCUCCUCCUCUCCGUGUCAUCCCAUGAUCCCCCUGCUGUCUCCUGUUGGGAACACCUCCUCAGAGAGUGUUCUCAGUGAGUCCUGGUUGGAUGUAUCCAUAGAGCAAGCCCAGGAAGCUCAACCGCAGAAUUCCGACCCAACAGAAGAUGAGGAGGACCAGCAACCCCCACUACAGGGCCCCUGUGGCGAGGAGAAAGCUGCAUCUGAUGAGAUGGAGAUGCUGUAUCUCCAUCUAAAGAAAGCAAGUCUGUCUCCAACUGGACAGCUCCAACCCUCCACCAAACGAGACUUUAGGUCUUCCUUCAUCCGCCGCUGCAAAGACGAAAACAUCAACGAGAAACUGCACCUAGUUAGAGCUCUAAACAGCACUUUAAAGGCUAAAGAGGCAGACUUGCUGGCCAUAGAGCAGGUCCUCUCUGACCCCACGCUCAGUGCAUGUAAAUACAGAAAGUGGAGAGAAGCAAAUGUUCUGCUGCUACAAGAGAUUUGUCAGCAGCACAGCUCUGAGAGCAGAUCAGACCCUCACCAGAACCUUCCAGAACCGUCUGAACCAGACUCUUCCAGUACUGCCAGCACCAGUACCAUCGCUAUCACCACCUCCACCACAAACAUACCGCGUGUCUAUGCAGAGACCAGUGUCUGA